AUGUCGCUAAGCCAAGAAAGACCUACUGAUAAAAAGAUUUCCAGGAGAAGGAAGAAAAGAAGAACCGAAGCAUCAUCGGAUGAAUCUUCUUCAUCAUCAUCGUCAUCGGAAGAUGAGCAACCAGAAGAAAAUGAAGAUACCGAAACUAAUGGAAAUAAAUCGAAUGAAGAUGGUAAGCCAAAUUUUGAUAACGUAACGGAUGAAUUAAAUGCAGCUAUUCAUGCUAGAUUAACACAAAUUCCUUUUGAUAGACAAAUAGAUGAGGAUGAUAAAAUAAAAGAAGAUAUAAUUGAUAAACACAGUAAAGAUAGAGGUGAAAUGGAUAAAAAAUUCAUGCAAAUAAUGACAGAACAAUUCGGUGACCAAUUAAAUGAAUUACGUAAAGAUCCAAACUUUUCAAAUAAAUCAUUAAUGGUUUUAGCACAAAGUAUCCAAUCAAGCAGUAAUAUUUAUGAUGAUGAUGAAAUUAACCAAUUAAUUGAAAAAGAUUAG